AUGCAGGAUCUGGUUCGCCAAUGGAAAGCCAAACCACUACAUGGUCGGUAUAGGAGCCGCAUAGAAGACAACGCCAUUGACACAAGGCUUCCCAAGGAUGGUUGCAGUCAGAACUGUCCGAAAAUGAAGGAAGAAGUCAGCAUACAGAAUAUUAGAACAACAGACAAAAUUUCCUAUAUUGAAGCUAAAAGAAAGUAUUACGCCGCAAUGCCUGCUAAUACAACGUAUGCCCAAGUAACAGCCUCUGGGUCAGACAAUACUACGGCUAAGAAAUUCAUUCAGGAGCUCAUCCCAGAUAUUGCUCAGAUUAUAGACCAACAGGUCAAAAAAGCAAUAGAUGAGGUAAUUAAGACCAGUUUAUCAAUAUACCUGCCGUCUACCUCAUCAGAAAGAAGGCCUAUGCGACGGGAUCAGUAUGACCUCGAUGCAGCCUCAAUUGUCUCUGAUACUCCAUCACAACUUUCAGAUAAAAGAAAAAGGACACAAUAUAUUCGGACUGAAGAGCUAGUCUGCCUUACCGAUACUUCUGAAUCACAACUAGAUGAGCUGAGUCAAACUAAAAGGAAAAAGGGUUGGCCAAAGGGUAAGCGCCGUAAGCCACCCAAACCUGGAGAAAGCUCAACUGCGAAUUCUCAGAUAGAAUCAUCAUUAGAGCAAAUAUCAGAUCCAACAUAA